GCAGCGUGAGCGCGAGGAGGCGGUGGCUGCGGCGGGGGUGGGCGGUCGCGCAGCGGCAGGCACAGGUGUAAUGGAUAGGUAACAGAGAAGCUCUCUGCACUGUCUCAGGGAGGCAGAAUGACUGAGUGCUUCCUGCCUCCUACCAGCAGCCCCAGUGAACAUCGCAGGGUGGAGCAUGGCAGUGGUCUUACCAGAACCCCCAGCUCUGAGGAAAUCAGCCCUACUAAAUUUCCUGGAUUGUACCGCACUGGCGAGCCCUCGCCUCCCCAUGACAGCCUCCAUGAACCUCCUGAUAUAGUGUCUGAUGAUGAAAAAGACUAUGGGAAGAAAAAAGGAAAAUUUAAGAAAAAGGAAAAAAGAACUGAAGGCUAUGCUGCCUUUCAGGAGGAUAGCUCUGGAGAUGAAGCUGAAAGUCCUUCCAAAAUGAAGAGAUCCAAGGGAAUCCAUGUUUUCAAGAAGCCCAGCUUUUCUAAAAAGAAAGAGAAGGAUUUUAAAAUAAAAGAGAAACCCAAAGAGGAAAAACAUAAAGAAGAAAAGCACAAAGAAGAAAAACAUAAAGAGAAGAAGUCAAAAGACUUGACAGCAGCUGAUGUUGUUAAACAGUGGAAAGAAAAGAAAAAAAAGAAGAAGCCAAUUCAGGAGCCAGAGGUGCCUCAGAUUGAUGUUCCGAAUCUCAGACCCAUUUUUGGAAUUCCUUUGGCUGAUGCAGCAGAGAGGACCAUGAUGUAUGAUGGCAUUCGACUACCGGCAGUUUUCCGUGAAUGUGUAGAUUAUGUAGAGAAGUAUGGCAUGAAGUGUGAAGGCAUCUACAGAGUUUCAGGAAUUAAAUCAAAGGUGGAUGAGCUGAAAGCAGCCUAUGACAGAGAGGAGUCUCCAAAUUUGGAAGAGUAUGAGCCUAACACUGUAGCCAGUUUGCUGAAGCAGUAUUUGCGAGACCUUCCGGAAAAUCUGCUUACCAAAGAGCUUAUGCCUCGCUUUGAAGAGGCUUGUGGGAGGAGCACAGAGAAUGAGAAAGUGCAGGAGUUCCAACGCUUACUGAAAGAACUGCCAGAAUGUAACUAUCUUCUGAUUUCCUGGCUGAUCGUGCACAUGGACCAUGUUAUCGCGAAAGAACUGGAAACAAAAAUGAAUAUACAGAACAUUUCUAUAGUGCUCAGCCCAACUGUUCAGAUUAGCAAUCGUGUCCUGUAUGUGUUUUUUACACAUGUACAAGAGCUCUUUGGAAAUGUGAUGCUAAAGCAAGUGACAAAACCUCUUCGCUGGUCUAACAUGGCCACUAUGCCCACACUGCCAGAGACCCAGGAGAGCAUCAAGGAGGAGAUCAGAAGACAGGAGUUUCUUUUGAAUUGUUUACAUCGAGAUCUGCAGGGUGGGAUAAAGGAUUUAUCUAAAGAGGAAAGAUUAUGGGAAGUACAAAGAAUUUUGACAGCCCUCAAAAGAAAAUUGAGAGAAGCUAAAAGACAAGAGUGUGAAACCAAGAUUGCACAAGAGAUAGCCAGUCUUUCAAAAGAGGAUGUUUCUAAGGAAGAAAUGAAUGAAAAUGAAGAAGUUAUAAAUAUUCUCCUUGCCCAAGAGAAUGAGAUCCUGACUGAACAGGAGGAGCUUCUAGCCAUGGAGCAGUUUCUGCGCCGACAGAUUGCCUCAGAAAAAGAAGAGAUCGAACGCCUCAGAGCUGAGAUUGCUGAAAUUCAGAGUCGUCAGCAGCACGGCCGGAGUGAGACCGAGGAAUACUCCUCCGAGAGUGAAAGUGAGAGUGAAGAUGAAGAGGAGCUUCAGAUCAUCUUGGAAGAUUUACAGAAGCAGAAUGAAGAGCUAGAAAUAAAGAACAAUCAUUUGAAUCAAGCAAUCCAUGAGGAGCGAGAGGCCAUCAUCGAGUUGCGGGUGCAGCUCCGCCUGCUACAGCUGCACCGAGCCAAGUCCGAGCCACAGGGACAGGAUGAUGAGGAGCCCGAGAGGCGUGGGGGUGCCAUCCAGCCUCCUAGAGACAGCGCCCCGGAGACAAAAGCAACUAAAGAGCAGCCAAAGGCAGGCAAGGAGCAAGCCAAGCCGUCCCCAAGCAGAGACAGGAAGGAGACACCCAUCUGAGCAUCCUGUGGGCUGUGGGAUCCUUCAGACCCAACAAGACCUGUGCAUCUUACUGUAAUCCCGAGAGUCAGAGUGCACAACUCUCUGCUGUACAUUCUGUAAAGAUGUCUUUUCUUCUCAGACUCUUCCUUCUUUCACACAUACAACUUCUCCGCGUCAGGCUCAGGUUACAGGGGAGGAGAAAGCAGUGGAUGCAUUGCGGGCUUGUAGGAGAAAGAUGAGUUUUCCAGAUAGCUUAUUUGAAGAUUAAUUUUCUUUGUUAACUUAAAAUAACUGUUUUAACCCUUGAGUGGCUUCUUUUUAAACCAAAAAUCAUCUUUGCUUUUUUAUUACGGCAGAAUCAGGAUCUCUUUCUCUUGUUCAAGGGAAGGAACCAAACAAGGUAAAUACUGUUCCUGCCUUGUGGCUCACCCCAGUCUCCCCUCCAGGGUCACUGCUUACCUAGUCACUCUUGCUUGUGCCUUUUAUACCUUUUUGGUGCAGAUUAUAUCAUGGGGAGCUGCCUCGUGUUUCCUGACUGGCCAGAAUGGCUCUUACUGGGGUUACCUUUACUCACUCUUGUCAUCCUCUCCUUUGACAGUCCUAAAACAGUCAUUGCACCUGAGUCACCAGGAUGGCCUACUUGGUCGCAGACAGAGCUGCCUGUGCAGCUGGCCUGCCAGCCCUGGAGCAGCCUGGCCCAGCUUGGGGGGGGGGGGGGGUCACCUCAAUCCUUCUGGUUCUCAUUGCUGUUGAUGAGCAAAUGCUUUUCCCUGGGUUGGUCCAAGGUAGUAUCUUGACCUAAGGGGUCCACACAAAGGAUCUGUUUCUCAAACCAGAAAUCUUCUAUGUGACUUACCUUCCAUUAACAACAGAAUGACUUCGAUUGCUUGCUUGGGCUAGAAUGUAAAUGUCUCUUUGCCUGAAUAAGCCAUAUAUAUGCUUUUAAACAAAAUUUCUCAAUUAUCUGUAUCAUCUCAGUGAACCUGCCAGUGGACUCCCAAUUGAUGAGAUUGAGCAAUAGAAAAAACAACCUUUUCUCUUAAUGAUAGCUGUGAUUCCCCAUCCUGUUUUCUUGCUUUUGCCACUUCCCUGGUGACUUGCGGGGUCUGGGAGGCCAACUCUCAGGCAGCUUUGUUCAGUCAUGCUUUGCUCUGCCCAAAUCAGUGGCACCCAUGAGGUAGGUCAGCUCUCAUGGCUGUGGGGACAAAGUCAAGGUGAUAGAACAAACUCCCCUGAGGGCUCUCCUCUCCUCCUAGUUAGUAUUUAUUUUCAGCACCUGUUUGAUGCGGUUUUUUAUCUUCUACCUAUUGCACUGUUGUGACUUGUUGGCCAUUAUUUGAUUUUUGUACGAAAAAAAAAAAAAGCUUUGUUAUAGAAAUCAGCAUACUAUUUUUUUAAACCUGGAGAGAAGAUACUAUGGUGACUGAAAAUAUGAUCAGGUGUCAAAUAUAAAUGUAUUAAAAGCCUUCUUGCUGUCCUGUUGGUCAUAUUACAUUCAUUUUUAUAUUUGCUGGCAAUAUUGGAGUUUUUUUUGUUUGUGUAAACUCUAAUUUCUAUCAGGGUGUCAUGGAUUUUUAAAAUUUAGUAUUUCAUUACAGUUCUUUCAGUGUUGGUUAACUAAUUUUUUCCAGGACCAUUAUUGAUCAAGCAAAUAAAUUCAACAGUCAUUUGAGAAAAAAAUGCCUCUCAUUUUUUUGUAUACAUUUUUUCUUUGAGAUAAUUGAGUGCCCUGUGGCUGUCAAGGAGUUGGUUUGAUAUUUCUUUAAGCUCCUAAAGUGAAAAAAAAAUUGUAACUUACUUUGUGUUCCUCACAUAGUGAGAGUCAGUGCCCACGUGCCAGUUACUACUUUACAGCAGACAGCACCCACCUCCGUCCCCACGGACACGGUGCUCACCACUGAAGGAGCACGUUGCUCAACCGGCUUCCUACGGGGGUCUGCAGCUUCUGAGAGCAGUGCCCUGUUUCCCAUGGAGAGUGAGUUUUGCUCUUCUAGCAAGAUGCACGUCAGCUGGCCCAACGUAACAAAAAAGCAGGUUGGUUAUUGCAGUGUGGCUUUCCCGAUGGGCCUGUCAGGUAGAUCACCUAACUAAUGCUGAUCAGGUAAUUCCUGGGUGACCGGUUUAAGAUUCCAUUUCUGGGAGAACUAGGACUGUACAUCUUGGCUUGGUGAUGUGGGGGGUUGGCAUAAG